CAAUAUCCUGAGUAUAGAGAAGAACCCGCCUGCGGAAUGUUGGCUCCAGCGCUAAAUUUGCCCAAAUGGUCAGUCACUGGCACAUCAACCAAACCCCCCGCCCUCCUCUCCACCCCGCACCGCCCAACAGUCGAGUUCCAUCAGCGACUCGAAGCAUUCACCGCGAGCACCUUGAGCAGCGAAGACUCACAGGGCUUAACCUUUAGGCUCGAGGAAAACUCCCACCUACUCCAGCCACCCAUCAAUAACUACUGCGUCUACCACCCCUCCGCCCCUGCAACCCAAGGCUAUACGGUGAUGGUCGUUGGAGGACCAAACGUCAGAACCGACUACCACAUCAACCCCACCCCGGAAUUUUUCUACCAGCAUCGUGGCUCCAUGCUGCUAAGGACGGUCGACCAGUCCACUUCCCCGCCCACCUUCCAGGACAUCCCCAUCCACGAGGGUUCCUUGUUCCUCUUGCCUGCUAACACGCCCCAUUGUCCCGUGCGCUUUGCAGAUACGGUGGGUGUGGUGCUAGAGGUGCCUCGACCGGAAAAUGCCACGGACUGUAUGCGUUGGUAUUGUAAGGGGUGUGGAGAGAUUGUCUGGGAGAAAAAGUUUCGCUGCACGGAUUUGGGUACUCAGGUCAAAGAGGUGGUCGAGGAGUUCGCUGCUGAUGAUGAAAAGAGGAAAUGCAAGGCAUGUGGGUCUGUGAGGAGUGUGAGAUAUGAAGACGGGGAAGUCGUGCAGCCGCCUAGAGCACCAGAAUAGGCCCGCUAUGAAAAAGUACUAGAGCAAAUAUAUGCCCUUAUAUGCCCUUGAU